GGAGAGUCAGUGCGCGUCUCCUCUCAGCCGGGUGUGCUUAGCCCAAACUCAUAAAUAACUCAUCGAAUUGGACUUGGCCAAUCUAAUAGUCAGAGCAUCACUAGCCGAGGCCUUAGCAGCUUAUUCUUGACAGCAAGCUGGGAGAGAAGAGAUUGGAUGGAUGGUACUCAAAUAGAGGCUGCCCAGUCGGCUCUUCUCAACAAAACCCAACAGUCGUCAUCUGGAUUCUUCAUUCCAAUAAAUGAUGUGUUGAUACCGACAAUAGUGAUAGUGUCAGUAGCUGUACUGUUGGCCGUUAUCAUAGUUAUCUACAGUAACUGGUGUCGACGCAAAAGUCCCGAGAAUGACUCUCUGGCACCAUCAAUCGUUGUCUACCCCUCCUACCAGGGAGCUGCUCCUCAAAUGCUGUCGAAAGAUAUAGCGUUCAGUCUUCCGCAGCUGCGUGGCUCGGAGUCCCUGGAGGAUCUGGUCCAGGAAGAUCCGGUGGAGGAUGUGGAUGAGUCGGACUGCGCCAAUCAGCUGGGAGGUCGCUCACAGGCUCAUCGCUCCAACUCUUUCAGCGGCUACAGCCUGGGCAUGAUCGACCCGACACUCUACCAGGGUGCACUGCAGUUCGAGGAGGAGCCUGACUUCCCCGAGGGACAUCUCGGCCGCAUCUGGUUCUCACUGCGCUACGAGGCCUCCUCCGAGAAACUGCUCGUCUCUCUGCUCAAAGUCAAGAAUCUGCCCAGUCGCAGCGUCGGAACUGCUAACGGCUGUGAUCCCAUUGUCAGAUUAUGUUUGAUGCCAAAUGGACGACGUUAUCAGCAGUCGCGCCAGAAGAAGAAAACGUGCAACCCAUUCUAUGAUGAAAUAUUUGUUUUUCAGGUGAACCCGAAAGAGCUGGAAGACCACAUACUGAAGAUGAGCGUGAUUGACACCGGACGAGGCAAGAGGAGGCAGGUGAUCGGUCACAUCACAUUCCCUCUCGGUCAGCUGUCAGCGCAGUUCAAAACCGGUGACCUCACCCACCAUCGCAUCGAUCUCGAAAAGGAAACACAGGAAUGUAUAUCUGAGCUGGGAGAGCUGUUGGUGUCCCUGCUCUAUAAUGAGAACCAGCAUCGGCUGACAGUUUCAGUUAUAGAAGCUCGAAACAUCAAGUUCCCAGAUGAGCGUCAGGACAGUUUUGUGAGGGUGACGUUGAACCAGCACUACAGGACAAUAAAAGUGAAGCGUACAACGACGGUGAGAGGAUCCAUGGAGCCCAAGUUCACUCAGGGAUUUCACUUCAACCUCACUUCGGCCAACAUCGAUGUCACCAGUGUUAGUCUGCAACUCUUUCAACCGGGUCCUGGCUACAGCAAAGGAGAUAAAAUAAUCGGCAAAUGUGUGCUGGGAUCUUACAUGUUUGCGCGCGGGAAAGCAUUGACUCACUGGAACACUGCGCUGGCCAGUCCCAUGGAGCAGGUGCAGCAAUGGCACACUUUGGCUGAGUGAACACACAACUACAACACGGAGCUGGAUGGAAAACUUAUUUCUGUGGAUUUAGUUCUCUCUAAGACGUUUAAAUAUUAUUAAGGAGCUGAGUGAAAAUGUUAUCUCUGUGGAUUUAGUUUUCUCUACCCCGUUUUAAUAUUUGUUCAUUUGAUUCCAACGUUCGUCUGCAGGGCCCGUAUGCAGAUACUCUGUUUAAACGGAGAAAUGUCAGCUGUUCGUUUAAAGCUCGUAUGAAACACAUUAUGAUAAAUGCAACCAUAUCUACUACUAAACUUGGUUUAGCGUUGAACGUAGUGUCAGCAUAUGACCCUUAUUAAAUCAUCAAUUCAUGAUACUUUCGGAAAGAGUCGUGUUAUUGGAACUAAAUACAGAAUUUUUGUUUUUUAUAAACCAUUUUAAAGAAUAUUAAGUUCAUACUUCAUGAAUAUUGAGUUUGCACAGAUCUCUUUCAACUAUUAUUAUUUUUAAUGUAUACUUUUUUAUGAUAAUAUUGUGCUUAUUUGAAUUAUAUUAUUUUGGGGGAGAAUAAUAACAACUUCAUAAUAGAUCUUAAAAGUAAUUGUCAUUAUCAAAGGAAAUUACUUGAAAAGUAGAAUAUAUUUAAAGAAAACGUGAAUGUGAUAUAGGCUGGAUCAAUGUAUAGGUAGUCCACUGUACAUGCUGUACGGAUCAAUGCAUUAUUUGAUCUGGGAGGGCAAAGAAUGGAUGAGUGUGAACUUCAAGGAACUUGUAAUCUCUAAGAGGUAUUAUCAACUAGUCAUCAGAAAACUACUCAUGCAAUAUCACUAUGGGAUCAUAUACAAUAAAAACAAUAUUUUCUAUCAACAAUAUUAAUAUAUUGACUAGUUUUCUAUGUAAAUAGAUAUUUGUUUGUAAAAUAAAUUAUAUUCUUGUCAAGAGACUUGACGCAGGCUAAUCCUGGAAAGGCCAAUUAGAGCCUAUCCUAUCCUAUGUAAUGUAGUUUAGGUGAAAUGUGAAUAAUAUAAAUAAACUGAAUCCUAUGAAAAGCAUUCCAUAUUUCAAAAGAAUCAUUUGUUAUCACUUCCCUGGUUUUUGAGCUAGUUAUUACUACUGUUAUUACCUUAUUCAUAAUGACUUGGGGGUUUAGAGAAGUGAAGAAUUCACGAUUGAAUGAAUGAAUAUGGGUUAUCCGAGUAAAUGAUAAUUAAAUGUCAGUGAAAAAUUUUCUUGACUAAAUUGACCAUUAUGACAAUAAUAUUAAUUAUUAUUUGUCAUUUGAAUGAGCACCAGUAUUAAUCCUUUAACGGUUUAUGUCCUAUCCACUUCGUAUGAAGAGGUUAUCGGUCAAUAUAAACUCUAUUGAUUUAUAAACUCUAAAACGUAUCUACUCUAAACGUAUCGUACUCAGUUUUCGUUUUGGGGCUAAUGAAAUUAUUGAACCGAAAGAUAUAUCGAGUACCCUUUUAAUUGUGAUUGAAUAAAAGAGUAUUAGAUAUUUUUCAUCGUGUUUCAAUAUCCACCUACUGUAUCUUAUACUGUAUGUGGAUAAUAUCCAUACUGUAUCAUAUCACUAAUUUAAAAAUGUUCGGGUUUUCUUCCUCUUUGCUCCUAACAUUGGAAGUCGGUUGAUUAACUUCCCUUUCCAUUCUGUCAUAGGUAUGUUUUAUACUAAUUAGUAGAUGAAACCGAAUGAUUCUAUCUGGAUGAAUUGUCAGUUAUUGUAGCUAUACAUAGCCACUAAUAUUUUUGUCCAAACUUCACAAUGUGUUUGGGAAACUGAAUAAAAUGUUUAUGUGCUUA